AUGCUGGCUCGGAAAAGCAUCAUCCCGGAGGAGUUCGGCCUGCCGGGGCUGGCGUCCCGCUUGCCCCGCAAGCCGGUGUUCCGCGACCGCGUCAACAAGGCGCGCUUCAUCGCCAAGAACGGCUCGUGCAACUUGGCCCACAAGAACAUCCGCGAGCAGGGCCGCUUCCUGCAGGACGUCUUCACCACGCUAGUGGACCUCAAGUGGCGAUUCACGCUGGUCAUCUUCACCACCACUUUCGUCAGCAGCUGGCUGCUUUUCGCCAUGAGUUGGUGGCUAGUGGCCUUUGCGCACGGAGACCUGGACCCUCGGCGCCUCAGCGGCGUGCACUGCGUCACCGACGUCAAGUCGUUCACGUCGGCCUUCCUCUUUUCCAUCGAGGUGCAGGUGACCAUCGGUUUUGGCGGCCGCAUGAUCACCGAGCAGUGUCCCGCCGCCAUCACCGUGCUCAUCCUGCAGAACAUCGUGGGACUCAUCAUCAAUGCCGUCAUGCUGGGUUGCAUCUUCAUGAAAACGGCGCAAUCGAACCGUCGCGCCGAGACGCUCAUCUUCAGCCGCCACGCCGUCAUCGCCGUGCGCAACAACCGUCUGUGUUUCAUGAUCCGCAUCGGAGAUCUGAGGAAGAGCAUGAUCAUCGGCGCCACCGUACGGCUACAGGUGGUGAGGAAGACCACCACCCCUGAGGGCGAGGUGAUCCCGAUCCACCAGAUCGACGUCCAGACAGAGAGCGCCGUGGCCAGCAACAGUCUCUUCCUGCUCGCCCCGCUCAUCAUCUGCCAUGUCAUCGACAAGAACAGCCCGCUAUACGAACUGUCGGCCAUGGAGCUGCAGUGCAGCGACCUGGAGGUGAUCGUGAUCCUGGAAGGCGUGGUGGAGACCACCGGCAUCACCACGCAGGCGCGCACCUCCUACGUCUCCGAAGAGAUCCAGUGGGGACACCGAUUCGUCCCCAUCGUCACCGAGGAAGAAGGCGUCUACUCCGUCGACUACUCCAAGUUUGGGAACACGCUGCGGGUGGCCACGCCCCGCUGCAGCGCCCGCGAGCUGGACGAGAAACCGUCCAUCCUGAUCCAGACGCUGCAGAAGAGCGAGCUGUCCCAUCAGAACUCACUGAGGAAGAGGAACUCCAUGCGGCGCAACAACUCCAUGCGCAAAGGCGGAGGAAGCCUUCGACGAAACAACUCGGGUAUGCUCUCGCCCAAGGUCCAGUUCUUCACACCCGCCGAAGGGGGUCAGAGCGGAAACGCCGUCACCUGA